AUGGUUUUCAGACUUCUGUGUAUCCUGGUAGGGGAGCUGGUGGCGUUCUUUCUGAAGGCUGAGGGGACGCAAGAGAAGACCAUAGUGACAGCAGACUGCUGCUACUUCAACCCCCUGCUGCGACGCAUCGUCCGCUUCCUAGGGGUGUUCUCCUUCGGCCUGUUCACCACCACCAUCUUUGCCAACGCGGGUCAGGUGGUGACAGGAAACCAGACGCCUCACUUCCUGUCUGCCUGCCGGCCUAACUACACGGCCCUGGGGUGCACAUCCAACAUGCAGUACAUCACCCAGCCCCGUGCCUGCACUGGAAACCCCCUGGUAGUGGCAUCCGCACGCAAAUCCUUCCCCUCCAAGGACGCAGCCCUCAGUGUCUACUCUGCAGUCUACACUGUGAUGUAUGUGACGCUGGUAUUCCGGACCAAAGGCACUCGGCUGACCAAGCCUACGGUCAGCCUGACCCUGCUAUGCCUGGCCAUGCUGGUGGGAGUGGUCAAGGUGGCAGAGUACCGCAACCACUGGGCCGACGUCCUGGCCGGCUUCUUCACUGGAGGAGCCAUCGCUGUGUUUCUGGUGACGUGUGUGAUCAACAACUUCCAGCAGACGAGGCCCCCUCCCCUUCCCCCGCGACCCCAGCGCCCUGAGUCGGUGCUAGGCAUGCCCAUGGUGGCUCUGCCCUGUGUGGAGAGUCCACUCGAAAAGUUAAGUGGAACUCAGCAUCCUGCACUCUCCUCCUCCUGCCCCCCCUACAAUCCCUACGUUCACCACCCAUUUUGACCAACUUUGGAUCUUUUUCUCUUGCUCCUCACUCGUUUUUCUUUUUUUCAUCACUCUUUCUACCCCAUCUUUCUCUCUCUUUCAUUCCCUCUCUCUCUCCUUCUUCCUCCCUCUCUUCUCUUCUGUCCCUCCCUCUCUCUUUUCACUCCUCUCUCUCCCCUGCAGACUCCGAGGGGGUCUCCUUUCACAGAGAUCACAUGACCAUCAGCCGUAUCGGUUCCCCGCCACCCCAGAUGUCCUCAUUCCGUCUCGCUCCAU